UACUGUAUGUGCAAAAGAAAACCACUGGCGCCAUCUAUGCGUAAAACGUCUAACCUCAUUUGACAGCACUCGUCCUUGUUUACAAUUUUAUAAAUAUUUAAAUUAGAAGGUUAUGUUUACAAAUAGCAACAAUGUCUGUAAUAAAAUGAGUUAAAUAAACACUACCACUAUUUGCAUGGCAAAUAAACAAAGUGAAAAAUGCACAAGGAAUUUCGUAUCAUGAUAGAAUUGCAUCAGAAGUUAUGAAUUAGGUAUGGUUUUAUUAAAGAAAAUAUGGAAUUGGUUUUAACAAGGAAAAUACUCAUUGCUUUGAUUAUAUUGGCUGGCAUUUCUUUGUAUGUUUCUUUCAUAUUUAACUCCUGUCUGGUUACAAGCAUUACAAAGGCUUUACCUAAGUGGCGCUCACACCCUUUGGUGCUCAAAGAAAACCGUAUAUUCCACUACACGUCAGUAAGAGUGGUAUCACUGAUAGAAGGCAAUGAAACCGACAUAUCACCGAAAUAUAAACUCUUUAAAGAGCAGGGUCUGCAACCUUCGAGACAGCUACCCAGCGCCCUAAUCAUAGGAGUGAAAAAAGGCGGUACUAGAGCUUUAUUAGAAUUCAUACGCAUCCAUCCGGAUGUCAGAGCUGCCGGUAGUGAGGUGCAUUUCUUUGAUAAGAAUUACAUAAAAGGUUUUCAAUGGUACAGAAGCCACAUGCCCAGCACCUUAGAAGGUCAGUUGACUAUAGAAAAAACUCCGUCGUAUUUUAUCACCAAAGAGGCCCCGCACAGAGUGCAACUGAUGAACCCCUCCACAAAGUUGCUUGUUGUGGUGCGCGAUCCCGUCACCAGGGCGAUUUCGGAUUACACGCAGUCGAUAUCGAAAAAGCCGGAGAUGAAACCUUUUGAAUCGUUGGUGUUCGCGAACGGCUCCGUGGGGGCCCUGAUCGACACCUCCUGGGGGCCCGUGAAGCUGGGAAUCUACUCCAGGUACUUGGAGAAACUACUGGAAGCUUCUUGUGUAGGUGACAUUGAAGCGGUUGCGGCACUUUUAAGUCAAAAUACCGACAUAAACGGCAAAAACAUCGUGAACGGAUGGACUGCUUUGCAUUGGGCCUGUAAACGGAAUAACGAAGAAAUUGUGAGGAUUUUGCUAAAUAGCGGGGCAAAUAAAGAUACUGUUAAUAAUAAGGGUGAAAAACCGGUUGAUGUGACAACUUCGGAGAGUAUUGUUGGUUUACUGGGAGGCACUUUGAAUAAAUCGACUGGGAAUCAUUUUGACGAGGAAGUGGGUGUAAGAUUUUCUCCCAAUUACUUGAAAAAUGCUCCCCUCAAUGGGCAAGUUGAUAUAGGGAGGUUGAGAAGCAAGCAUACCGAUUUUUCUGCCAUGCAGACCACGGCUUUGCCAGCUGCACAAAAUGACGAUUUGGUGCUGCUACUGCGCCGCCAUGGCUCCACUGAUCCAGAUUUCAUUGAAAUCGAAAUUCCAAAGUGGAAACUUACGUACAACACGUUACUAAAAAUUUGCUGCGAAGAAUUGGAGGUUUUUGAGGGCCAGGUGGAAAGAAUCAGAAAACUCCCAAACACCCGGUUAAGAAAAGACACCGACGUUAAACGUCUCCUCAACGGGCAAGAACUGGAGAUCGUUUUGAAAACUCCAAACGACACAAUUUUGCACUCCACAUAAACUAAACUAAAGGCGCAACCAAAGAAAAAUACUUUUAAUUGAUUAAAAUGCGUAAUAAAAUAUUUAUUAUUAACAAGUAAACGAUUUUUAUUUCUGAACCUUCUUCUUUUUGGGGACCACCUUAACAGGACUCUUUUGUUUUUUCACCAUGUUGCCUUUUUUCGCCUUCUUUUGCUGCCGAGGUUUGUUGUCGUUCUCACUUUGAGGUAAUUUCCUUUUUUUAUUCUGCUUAUCGUCGACUGUUUUAUUAGCAUUCUCCUCCUGUACAACAAUUUCGUUCUUGUUUUCGAUAGCCUUCUUCUUCUUGUUCUUGAUCGUCGCAUCUUCUUUCUGCGUCUUCUUGAUGUCGGCCAAAAGAUCGUCAAUUGUUAUUUCGUCGGGGUUGCCUUUUUCAUCGUCAUUCUUGAUCACUUUAACGUUACCUUCCCUGGAUACAAUCACAUCAGCGUUGGUUACCGUGGAGAGUUCGCCCCUUACCCUUUUAGGAGUGUUAAUUUUGUUAGGUUUCAGUACUGGCACCUGUACUUCAUUUGGAUCUU